AUGGCCUCGGCGCACCGCCGGCUAAUCUCGGAGGCAAUGGCUGCCCGGGACAAGGGUUUUCCAGAGGACUGCGAGUUUGUCAUUGAAGUACAAGGAGGUGGCGCCAUCUGCAGCAUCAAGGAAUUGGACGAGACUCUGCGCAAGAGAGAAAAGGAGGCAAAGCUGUACACGUUCAAGGUGGACCACUUUUACGGCGGUGCGGCUACAAGUGCCAUCCAGCAGCAGCAGAGGCCUGUGGUGAUCCUAUACGGUGACCUUGGGGCACCGGGUUUCAAGAGCUUCCAUGAAGCCCUCGAAGAGCGAGCCAAGCGCAGGGAGAUCAGCUACAUCCUGCGCCACUUCGUCAGGACUCCCUGUGCAAGCAAGGUUCGUCUGUCUGGUUAUGGAGUGGAGCUGGCCAUUAAGAGCACAGAAUACAAGGCUCAAGACGACACUAAGGUUAAAGAGGAAAAAAAUGUAGUGGACUCUGAAGAAGUUGAAAAAGUUGAAAACAUGGAAGGCUUUGACAUCAAGAAGCUAAAGGAGUUGUAUCCUGACAAGAAGGACCAGUUGAAUUUGCUCAAGGCCCACCUCACCAGCUCUGGAACUGAGCUGGCUGCCUUGAAGGUCUGGGAGCUUCAAGAGCUGAGCUUGCAGGCUGCACAGAAGAUUCUGCUUGCCCCUCCCGAGGAUGCCCUGCGCACCAUGAGAGACACCUCGCAGAACUUUCCCUCGCAGGCGCGCUCACUCGUGAACGUCGCCGUCAGCCCUGAGCUCAAGAAAGAGGUGGAGGACAACCAACAUGUGGGUUCCUUUUAA